AUGGUGGCAACAGUGUACCGUUACGUCGAAAAUUGCAAGCUUCGAGUGGCAAAUAAACCGAUAGACGCCCUUCCUACAAAUGCGGCCGGCAGAAAAUCGCAGAUUCCAGGAGUGGUUGUACCUCUUCGACAAGAAGAAUAUUUCAUGGCGGAAAAUUGUUUGUGGCGGCUGGCGCAGCAGGAGGAAUACGCGGAUGAAAUAGCUCUACUGUCACGAAACCGAAAAGUACCGAAGGAUCAGCAGAGACAACUGGAACGUUCUAGCAAUCUGUAUGACAAAUCGCCCUUUCCCGAUGAGUUCGGAGUUCUACGGGUAGAAGGAAGAACAGUAUUCGCAGAUUUCGCUAGCUAUGAUGCAAGAUUCCCAAUAAUUCUUCCCAAAAGGCAUCCGAUAACUAGGAAAUUGGUCGAAAAUUGUCAUCAAAGAACGAAUCACAGCAGCAGAGAAACAGUUGUUAACGAACUAAGGCAGCGUUUUUGUAUUGGGUCCUUGAGAGCAAUUGUAGAGUCGGUUAUAAAGGAAUGUCAGUGGUGCAAAGUGCACAAAGCGCGACCGUUCAUUCCCAAAAUGGCACCUUUACCGAGACAACGAAUGGCCCUGGGAGUAGAACCAUUUUCAUACGUUGGAUUAGACUAUUUUGGUCCACUAGAAGUUUCUGUUGGAAGACGACGAGAAAAGCGUUGGGUGGCCUUGUUUACAUGCAUGACGACUCGUGCCGUGCAUCUGGAGGUGGCUCAUACUUUGAAUACGGAAUCGUGUAAAAUGGCUAUCCGAAGGUUUGUGAAGAGGAGGAGAAGUCCGCUUGAAAUAUUUUCCGAUAACGGAACGAAUUUCGUUGGAGCCAGUAGAGAACUAGCCGCUGCUAUCCGAAAGAUCAAUGGAGACUGUGCCGACACUUUCACAUGCUCAAAAACUAAGUGGACCUUCAAUCCACCAGCAGCACCACAUAUGGGUGGAGUAUGGGAGCGGAUGGUUCGAUCGGCAAAGGUAGCCUUGAACACAAUCGUAGACGGAGGAAAACUCACGGAUGAGAUUCUAUCUACUGCUUUAGUGGAAGCAGAGGAUUUGAUCAACUCCAGACCACUGACAUAUGUUUCGACAAAUGUCAAGGAUGACCUGGAAGCUCUUACGCCGAACCAUUUUUUGAAAGGUUGUGCCGCCGAAUGUCUUCCACCUCGGAGUCAAACAGAACAAGUGGACACUUUACGAAGCAGAUACCAUCGCGCACAGCAACUGGCUGACAAGUUAUGGCAAAGGUGGCAGCAUGAAUAUUUUCCCAGUUUAAAUAAACGCACAAAAUGGUUUGAAGACGUCAGAGAAAUAGCUGUAGGAGAUCUAGUGUUCGUGCAGGAAGAAAAUAAACACGAAAGAGGAAUCGUCACAGAGGUCAAAGUAUACCGACUGGAUGGAAGAGUUCGUUCAGCAGUUGUACAGGUGAACAAUAAAAAGAAGCUGCGACCAGUGUCAAAAUUGGCUGUACUCGAAGUUGAAAGUGGUAAACCCAGCAGAAAUUAA